AUGUGGGUAACAGCUGCAGUCAAGGCCGCCACUGGUGGUAGUGCUGGCGCGGCAGGCGUCGACGGCGUGUGGGAGCUUGUUGUCCACUUUACCGACUUUCCGCACGAUGCCGAAGAUGACGAGGCCGACACCGCCAACAUGAUGGACAUGACAACCAUGGUCGAGGCCGAGGAGGUCAAGGCGUGGUACAUGAACCGCCUCAAGGAGGCCGAGUACGUCAAGCACGGCUCGUCCAAGGGCAUCAUGCUGAUGUCCAAGGCCAACCACGCCCAGCUCUUCCGAGCCGUCGCCACCCACGACUACGACCGCUACUGGGCCGUCAACCGCACCCUCUCGGCAGACUCGGUCGCCUCGCCCGCAAAGCUCAAGCACGUCCCGCUCCGCCUUGCUUUCCGCAACACGCCCACCAUGGCCGACCUGAUCCUCCCCAUUCAUCCGACCACGGGCGAGCUAACCACGCUCGGCAACGCCCUCGACGCCCUCCUCCCCGACAAACCGCCAGGCACCAUCGUCCUUGUCCACGGCGUCGAGCUCGAUCCCGAUGUCACCCUCCACGAUCUCACCAACUCCAUGGCCUACGCCGACAACUUUGUCUACGUCGCCAUUGCCUACCCUCCCCAUUCUCUCCCCGCAUGACAAACCACUCCCUCCAGUUGCCCGCUCAUGGAAGCCACCUUCCAUUUUGUCUCAACCUGCAC